GCGGGAGAGUCGGCGAGUCCGGAGGGCCGAAGGGUAGAGCGGCGCAGCCCGCUGGUUUGGUGCGCGUCGUCGGCCUCUCUGGGCACUGGGGCUCGCGUCUCACUGGCUCGCUGAGUUCCUGGAGCGGAUCCGGGGCAAGAGGGAAGAGAGCUCCGGGUCAAGGGCCGCUGCUGCCCGGACUCGGCUGCCAGCCCGCGCUCGGUGGGGCCGCCAGCCAGGAUUGGAGCCAGUGUGGACGAUCAAAUCAAACGGAAGGAGGCUUGUUCGCUAACAUAGUUAACUCACGGUGGCUCCUCAGGUGCCUUCAGGAUGCCUGCGGCACUUGUGGAAAACAGUCAGGUCAUCUGUGAGGUGUGGGCCAGCAAUCUUGAAGAAGAGAUGAGGAAGAUCCGGGAGAUUGUCCUCAGCUACAGCUACAUCGCCAUGGACACAGAAUUUCCGGGUGUUGUGGUACGACCAAUUGGUGAAUUUCGAAGCUCCAUAGAUUACCAGUAUCAGCUUUUGCGGUGCAAUGUUGACCUUCUGAAAAUCAUCCAGCUGGGCCUCACAUUCACAAAUGAGAAAGGGGAGUACCCUUCUGGAAUCAACACAUGGCAGUUCAACUUCAAGUUCAACCUGACAGAGGAUAUGUACUCCCAGGAUUCCAUAGACCUCCUUGCAAACUCAGGGCUGCAGUUCCAGAAGCAUGAGGAGGAAGGGAUCGACACACUGCACUUCGCAGAGCUGCUUAUGACAUCGGGAGUGGUUCUCUGUGACAACGUCAAGUGGCUUUCAUUUCACAGUGGUUACGAUUUUGGCUACAUGGUGAAGCUGCUGACAGAUUCUCGAUUGCCAGAAGAAGAACAUGAGUUUUUCCACAUCCUGAAUCUUUUCUUCCCAUCCAUUUACGAUGUGAAAUACCUAAUGAAGAGCUGCAAAAAUCUUAAGGGAGGUCUUCAGGAGGUGGCUGAUCAGUUGGAUUUGCAGAGGAUUGGAAGGCAGCAUCAAGCAGGCUCAGACUCCCUGCUGACAGGGAUGGCUUUCUUCAGGAUGAAAGAGCUAUUCUUUGAGGACAGUAUUGAUGAUGCCAAGUACUGUGGGCGCCUCUAUGGCCUGGGCACGGGAGUGGCUCAGAAGCAGAAUGAGGAUGUGGACUCUGCCCAGGAGAAGAUGAGCAUCCUGGCCAUGAUCAACAACAUGCAGCAGUGACAGCACGUACAUCCUGCCGCCUGGGCCAUCGCCCCGCCACUGACCUGUGCGUCUGCUCCGAGCAGAGACUGGGUUUCUGUUUAAAGAUGCCUUUAUUUUAGAUCCAGAAGAAGGGAUUUGCUCUGAAUCUGUAAACAAGUCUUCCUUGUCCUCAUGCCCACGCCCCUCUGCUGCCUCCUGCCACCAGCAUCCAUGGCUCCAUGGACACCUUUUUAAACCUCCGGGAUGUCUGAAACAAACCAGUAAAAUGUAUCUGACUCUUAUGUGUUGUCCUUCUUUUUCUUUUGGCUUUGCUGCUCUGAUGAGAUUCAGGUGAGCCGAGGCUGCCAGGGAGCAUGCUGUAUGUUCUUGGGAAGUAGGUCUGCAGCAGCAGCAGGCUCUGCCUGCCCUGGCAGUGCGUCUCCAGGCGGCAGUCCUGACUUAAAUUGAUUCCAUGGCUGCCGUGCUGAAAUCUGGAGAGUUCUGCCACUCUUUCUGUGGUUAGCGGGCACCUGAGCCUCAAGUCACCUUUUCAGAUGAACUGCCUGAGACUAGGUCAUGCUCCAGGUCCAUUUUGUCCUCAGCAGGGGGAUCUCAAUCAGCUGUGUUCUUAGCUUCCAUUUCCCCUGCUUGUAUUUAGAAACGUGAGAUGGUCAGGUGGUAGAGCUGAGCUCUGGAGUGUUGAGUCUUAGAAAAGUCACAGGAGUACUUGUGAGCAGGGCAGCAAGGGAGUUCACCUCAGACCUCCUGGAAUCAUCCCCACAGCUGUGCUCAGAAGCCUAUUGUUUUUCAGGGUUAGGCAUUUAAGAAGCACACUGGUUUUUGUUUUUGUUUUUUUUUUUUAAUGACUACAGAAAGUACAAUUUUGAGAAAGCAGAAACUUCUUGGGAAGUUGGAGACAGACGGCAGCAGCUUGGAGUGGUCUUACAUUUUAAAAGCUUGUGGGGAACUGAAUUUGAAAUGAUUACAAAAUGUCAAGUAUUAAAGCUGGUAUUUAAGAUGCUUGUAAAUAUUAUUUAUGUUUUUAAUUUUGUAAAAUAAAGAUUGCUUUUUAACCACUGG